CUAUAAAACCCAUUAGGUUCAAAUCAAAAUCAAAAUCCCCAAACCAAGCCCUCUCUCUCUAUUUUCAGAGACGCCAUGGAAGAGGAACAGCAAGAACAGAGCAAGCCAAAAUCCGAGCUUUGUCUUCUUCCCAACCCUUCCAACGAACCCAACGCAAAACCCAAAUCCGAAAAGCGAAUCCCGAAGCGAUUCAUCAAGAACCAGGUCCCCGAUUCCAUCCUCCAAGAUCCAGCACUCAACGCCGCCAUAUCCCUCCUACCACCGAACUACAAUUUCGAGAUCCACAAGUGCGUAUGGCGCGUCCGGUCCACUAAGGCGUCGCGCGUGGCCCUCCAGCUCCCCGAGGGCCUCCUCAUGUACUCCCUUGUACUCUCGGACAUCAUCUCCACCUUCGGCGGCGCCGAACACUGCUUCGUCCUCGGCGACGUCACUUACGGCGCUUGCUGCGUCGACGAUCUCGCCGCCUCGGCUCUUCAAGCCGACCUCCUCAUCCACUACGGCCAUAGCUGCUUGGUCCCCGUCCAGUUCACCACUAUCCCUUGUCUCUACGUCUUCGUCGAUAUCUCCAUUGACGUCGACCGUCUCGUCCGCACCGUCGAGCUCAGUUUCGACUCGGUUUCCAACAUCGUCCUCGCCGGAACGAUCCAGUUCGCCUCGGCCAUCCGAGCAGCGAAGCCGGAGCUAGAGAAUCGUGGGUUUAGGGUUUUGAUUCCCCAAUCGAAGCCAUUGUCGGCCGGCGAAGUUCUGGGUUGCACAGCACCGAAGGUAAACCCGUCGACUUUUGGUGACGGCUAUGAAGGAAUAGGUAGUGAAACCGUCGUUGUUUUCGUUGCAGAUGGAAGAUUCCAUCUUGAAGCAUUCAUGAUAGCGAAUCCAAGGAUUAAAGCUUUCCGAUACGACCCUUAUAUCGGAAAGCUCUUCUUGGAGGAAUACGAUCACAAAGGAAUGAGGGAAUCGAGGAAGAACGCGAUUUUAAAGGCCAAGGAAGCCAACAAUUGGGGUGUGAUUUUGGGAACCUUGGGAAGACAAGGAAAUCCCAGAAUUUUGGAAAGGUUGGAGAAGAAGAUGGUAGAGAAGGGUUUGAGUUACACUGUGAUUCUGAUGUCGGAGAUUAGUCCGGCGAGGAUUGCCUUGUUCGAGGACUCUGUGGAUGCUUGGAUUCAAAUUGCUUGUCCUAGGCUCUCCAUUGAUUGGGGAGAAGCAUUUAGGAAGCCCCUGCUGACUUCCUUCGAGGCCGAGAUUGCUUUGGGAGAUUUACCCGGUUGGUGGGAGAAGAAUAAGAAGAAGAAUUCUAGCUGCUGUACACAGAAUGAUUCUUCUUGUUGUGGCUGCAAUGGUGGAAAACCAAAAGAGGAUGUUGUGGGCGAUUAUCCAAUGGAUUACUAUGCUCAAGAUGGAGGGGAAUGGAAUUCUACUUAUAUCAACAAGCCAUUAAGACAUCCGCGGAGGGAUUGAGGAAUUUUGUUCGAGUUUUCUUCUAGCAUUUGUAAGGUCUAUGUGCUUAUUUUUGCCGUGAUUGUUUUGAUAACUUAGCGUUGACAUCGAUUUUUCGAGGAUUUUAGCCCCCACUUCAAAUGCAGAAUAUAGAGUCAAGUUUAACUGUGCCUGAGUUGGGACAGUUGAACUCAAUUUUGUUCCCAUCAAGCAAAUUUGAAUGAUGCUUCCCUUUGCCCAGCUUUGUAUUAUUUUUUUGUUCGUAUAUAUAUAUAUAUAUAUGGUUUAUUAUUAUUUCUCAA